AUGGUCAUGGCCGACGAGACUUAUGGAGCUAAAUUUCUAAAGCUACCACUUGAGGCAAGAAGGUUAGAUGAUGCGCUAUGGGCCUAUUGGACAGCAUUCAAAGCACCGAUCGAGAUGUCGCCUUAUCGGCUCGUUUAUGGAAAAGCCUAUCAUCUACCCACGGAGCUAGAACACAGAGCCUAUUGGGCUACAAGGACACUGAACUUUGAUUUACAGGCAGCUGGCGAGAAUAGAAUAUUGCAAAUCAACAAGAUGGAUGAGUUCCGCAAUGAUGUUUAUGAGAAUGCUCGGAUUUAUAAAGAUAAAACUAAAAGAUGGCAUGAUAAGCAUAUUCUGAUAAGGGAACUCGAAGUUGGGCAGAAAGUUUUAUUAUUUAACUCAAGACUUCGACUCUUCCGGGGAAAGUUGUGCUCUUGGUGGUCGGGACCAUUUGUGGUGACUCAUGCAUUUCCCUAUGGGGCGGUUGAAGUUCAUCACGAAACAAAAGACACAUUUAAAGUAAAUGGAUAG